UCGGCCGCCUCUCCAUUAACCUCCACUAAGGCGAGGGUGCACCUCGUUGAGCAGGGGUGGGACCCAAGAGAGCGCGAGGCCUCGCCUCCUAGUCUCCCAUUGGCUGCUUUUGAACGUUCUGAGCCCACCCCCUAGGGGGGCGGGGUCCUUAUAAAAGUCUGGCUCGGAACCCCAGGUCCCACAUUCUACAACCGUCUUCUUACUUUUCUGAGUUCUCGGACCCCUUCUCCUUUUCUCACCUCAUCUCUAGUCUCAACCGGUCGCUAGAAUCAUGAAGGUCGCCAGUGGCAGUGCCGCGGCCGCCGCGGGCCCCAGUUGCACGCUGAAGGCCGGCAAGACCGCGGGCGGCGCGGGCGAGGUGGUGCGCUGCCUGUCGGAGCAGAGCGUGGCCAUCUCGCGCUGCGCUAGCGGCGCCGGGGCGCGCCUGCCUUCCCUGCUGGACGAGCAGCAGGUGAACGUGCUGCUCUACGACAUGAACGGCUGCUAUUCUCGCCUCAAGGAGCUGGUGCCCACCCUGCCCCAGAACCGCAAAGUGAGCAAAGUAGAGAUCCUUCAACACGUCAUCGACUACAUCAGGGAUCUGCAGUUGGAGCUGAACUCGGAAUCCGAAGUCGGGACCCCCGGGGGCCGAGGGCUGCCGGUCAGGGCUCCGCUCAGCACCCUGAACGGAGAAAUCAGCGCCUUGGCGGCCGAGGCAGCAUGUGUUCCAGCGGACGAUCGCAUCUUGUGUCGCUGAAGCGCCGCCCGCAGGGACCGGUGGACCCCAGCCCUCCAGGAGGCAAGAGGAAUAAACGCUCUCGGAUCCCCCCAGGAGCCUCGCAGGAAUUGGGGGAAGCAAGACGAUUGGCGGCCUUUGGGCCUUAGGGAGAUCCGGCCCAGGGCUGGGAGACUGACGAGGGAGGCCGAUUGUCUCCACACCUACCAGCCGCCAGAGACUUUGGGGGGUUCCCCCGUGUGUUUCUAUUUUUUGAAAAGCAGACAUUUUAAAAAAUGGUCACGUUUGGUGCUUCUCAGAUUUCUGAGGAAAUUGCUUUGUAUUGUAUAUUACAAUGAUCACCGACUGAGAAUAUUGUUUUACAAUAGUUCUGUGGGGGUGGUUUUUUUUGUUGUUGUUAUUAAACAAAUACUUUAGAUGGUG